GUGCUCAAGGGCUUGGUUCGCUACCACCGGCCCGACCGAUAGAUAGAUAGAUACCCUCCGUCCUUCAUAGAACAUAGAGGGGCUAGCAGACAGCCUUCAGGAACAUAGAGGGGCUAGCAGACAGCCUUCAGGAGGAGGAGGAGGAGGAGAAAAGAUGUCGUCGUUUGUCUCGAGAACGCUGCUCGGUCCGCUCGGUCUCGCACCGGCCCGCUUCACCAACAUCGAGGUCGUCUAUUCGCCCACAGUGCGUGAUGGCACAGCCCAGGCUACAGGCGCACAAGCGCCACCAUUUCUGCCCGCCCAUGUGCUUCCCGCGCUCGUCGAGGCAUGUCCCUCGCUCCAUGGGCCCAAUGCACACUUUUCGCCCUCGCCCCAGCUCGCGACGGGCCACUUGCAGACCAUCUACAGCGCAUUUGCAGACACGUCGGCCGUCGACGAGGUCUACUACACCAGGCACCUUUUGCUGCUACCCGAUGGCGGCAUCAUGUCUGUCGACAUUGCCGAAGAGGACGAAGACGUAAAGGAGACGGUCGUCAUCUCGCACGGCCUUACGGGCGGCAGCCAAGACACCUAUGUCCGGCACUGUGUCAAUGCCCUCAUCAAGAGCAAAUCGCAAGGAGGGCCGGGACUGCGCUGCGCCGUCUGCAACUUCCGAGGGUGCGCCAACACGCCCGCAACGUCCUCGCAGCUCUACAGCGCCGCAAAGACAUCGGACCUGCGUGCUGCCCUCCUCUUUCUCGCCCGGCUGUUGCCAGACUCUGGCUUUGUCGGCCUCUCGUUUUCGCUCGGCGCCAACAUCAUGUCCAAGUACCUUGGCGAGGAAGGAGACGAGUCCGUACUGCUCGCAGCCAUUGCCUGCGCAGCACCAUUCGACCUCCAGGCUGGCUCCCACGUGCUCGAGAACAGCACGACCAGGAGGGCCGUCUAUAGCCGGGCCAUGGCUUCGAACCUAUCCCGGCUCGUCUCGAGGCACGCCGCCACGCUGCAGCUUGACGAAGCGCUGCGCGAGCCAUUGAGGAGGCUCUUUGAUGGGCCCACUGCGCAGGCCUAUGCGCGUCAGACGGGCUCCAGGCUCAACACGCUACGCUACGCCGACGAGGCCGUGACGAGGCACGUUGGUGGCUACCGCAAGCCGUACGAUGGAUUUCCCUACGCUUCUGCGCACGACUACUACCGCAACGGUGGUGCGCUCAAUGUCCUGGCUGGGCUCAGACGACCGUUGCUGGCCCUCAACGCCGACGACGACCCGAUCGUGGCCAAGGAGAGCAUCAAGGAGAUCAUGACGAUCAUGGGCCUCGUCGAGAAGGCCAAGGAGCUGCAAACUGACGACGAGACAGAGACGGGCGAGCAAGCUAAGGACGCGGCCGUGAAUGCCAACAAGACGACAGACUUCAUCGCGCUGGCCACCACUCAGGGAGGAGGGCACAUUGGCUGGUGGGAGGGCGUCCGCAACCCAACGAGAUGGAUCAGGACGCCCGUGGUCGAAUUUUGCAACGCUGUCUUUGCAGAGGCGGCCAAGCAGAAGUCUAGCGAGGCCACAGGAAAGAACCAAUAUGAUCAAAGAGAGACAAGAGAGGACGACGUCGUGGUUGAGCUCAUCCCCGUAAGCGAGCUUCCUCCUUACGAGGGGCUUCCCCCUGCUUUAAGCAAUGGGCAACAGGACAAGAAGAAGAAGGCGCACGAAAAGGGAGAAGAGACAGCUCCUUCCUCGGCUAGACUUCCCUGGUUGAGGACGCAUCUUUUGAAAGAGCUUCCUCUGCUCCAUCCCAGCAUGGCACCAAAGGGAUGGUGUGGCCGAAAACUUGCUGCAGAGGGCGACGCCACCGUCAAGAUCGACGGUCGGGGUGACAUUGUCGAAGGAAAGGACGAGGGCUGGCCCGUCCUGAGUGGAAAGAUGAUCAGGGACGUCAAGAGGCCUGAAGUGGGCUACAUGCGGCUGGGCGAGUGGACCCGUGUUGCUGGCGCAGGAAAGCGCUUUAACUCGAACAAAGAUGUUCCUGGAUCCUAUGAUGGAGUGGAUAAAGAUGCAAACGACGGCAUGAUUAAAGGACUCUGAUUGCCCUCCCUCCCACCAUCUAGAUCAGGGACAAGUGGGGUAAGGAUAGAUGUUUGACGGUGAACCGGUGCACGUGCAGCGAUGCCUUCCCGGUCGCCGGCAACCACUUUUGUAAUUGUAGCAAUUCAAUAAUAGAGCCGGGUGCGAGAAUAGAG